AUGUCUUCUCCCCAUCACACGCAGGCGUAUCUCGACGCUGAUAAGGGCCCGACUAUUCUUGGGUUAGUCAUCACUGUCUCUAUUCUGAGUACAAUCUUUGUGGCUGGCCGUGUGUAUACGCGAAAGAGGAUCAUAGGCGCACUGCACCUUGAUGACUGGUUCACAAUAGUUGCAGUGAUCUUCGAGUGGUGCCAAGUCGGUGUUACAGUUGUGGCUGUUAAGAACGGCAAUGGCAGACACUUUGAUCUUCUAAACGUGACGCAGCAGCAGAAUGUCAUUCUAUACACUAUCUUGGGCUUCCCGUUUGGCGUCAUGGCCUUUGGGUUUCCCAAGCUCGCUGUCGUCGCGCUCAUCACACGCCUCAUGAAUCCCGGACGAUUACACAAGAUAUUUCUUUGGGUGCUGGCUGGAUGUUGCAUGAUGGGUUUGAUAGGGUGUAUCAUCAUUCUAUUUGCUCAAUGCUCCCCUGUCGAGUCGCAGUGGACGUUCUCGAUCACUGAUAAGAAGUGCUGGAGUCCUUAUGUUCUUGUCAACUUUGCCAUUUUUGCGGGCGACUUGUACCUUGCUGUGUACCCUGCCGUGGUGUUGUUCCAUCUUCAAAUGAACAAACGGAAGAAAAUUGCCCUGUCGUUUGCUUUGGGUAUCGGCUCAAUCGCUACCAUUGUAGCCAUCUACAAAUGCACCCGUCUACCAUCGCUUGCAAGCAAAGACUUCUCUUACGAGACAUCCGACCUUGUGAUCUGGACUGUCAUCGAAGCGAGCACCAUCAUCAUCGCCUGCUGUAUCCCAGUCCUCCAACCCCUCGUAGAUGCCCUCUUGGGCCGCCGAGCCUUCGGAUCCUCCCCCGGCUACAAAAACUACAACUCCUCCGGAUACCAGAACUACGGCAACUCCCGAACCGGCCCAAACAUCGAGCUCAGCGACAGCAGGAAACUGCGAAGCGACGAUCGAGGAAACAUGACGAAUGUGAAGUAUCUUGGGUCCGGGGCCGCGGAGCUUGACUCGCAGGAAAGCAUACUGCGGCACGAUGGUGCAAAGACAACCGAUGCUCAUUCGGCGGAUGCUCAUUCUGUCAAUGCGCCGACUGAAGGUGAAGUUUCUCGAUAA